AUGGUGCGGUCCAUGGGGUCACAAAGAAUCAGACAUGACUUAGCGACUGAACAACAACAAGGUUGUUGUUGGUGGUUUGGUUGCUCCCCAAACCAAAAAUCUCAAACUUUGUCCAUGGGACUUUGUGAUGAGCUUCAGCACCUUGGGAUACUUGAAGCUUUUCUCACUUCUAUGCUAACAGAAGCUGCAAGCCCACAUGACAAGAUACUCCACAUCCUGAGGGACCAGGUGUACCCAAAACUCUCUGAAGGAAGCCAGAAUAAAGGAAUGAUGCCCCAUGGAGGGGAGGGUGUCCUGGGACCCAAACUGUGUCUGCCAAGGAGCACCCUGGAGCUCUGUUUGAGUUUUGUUUUGUUUUGUUUUUUUCUUUCUAAACUGUGGGGUAGGCAGAAGUCAGGGUUAAUUCACCCUGCUUCCCAGAUGUGGAAAGUGAGACCUGGAGAGAUGAAUGACUCACCAGAGAGGGCAGAGGAGUUAGAAAUAAAAUCAUGUUACAGUUUCUAUUUUGGGGCAGCAGUCACUAAGUGA